AAUAUUUGGUGUUCAAGCCAAGUCCUGAAGAGAAAAAUGACCUGCCUAUUAUCAUUUUUGAGGAACGCCCCCAGAUUCGCCAUGAAGGAUACGACAGACUUGCUGCUGAUGUUCUGGCAACUGAUCUUAACACUUAG